UUUAGGGAUGGCGCAGAUAACAAGUGGUCGACUUUCUUCGUCAACAUCGGCACGCCUGCUCAGACUGUCCGUCUUCUGCCGGGAACAUCGGCCAAUGCGGGUGCAAUCUGGGCUGUGUUGGAGGAGGGCUGUACCAUUGUCAACCCAAAUCUGGAUUUGUCCAGCUGCAAACAGUCCCGUGGAGAUCUUUUCCAACACAACGAGUCAACCUCUUGGUCGAUACAAGGUCUCGAGAACGAUGGGAUAUUCAGCUUACCAACUUACGAGGAAAGUCUGCUUGAUCUCGGUGACAAUGCUUCCUACGGGUUCGACUCGAUUUCGCUCGGUCUAAACUCUGGUCUGGGUUCCAUACAGCAUACGCUCAUCGCUGGCCUGGUGAAUAACAAGUACUGGGUAGGCAGCUUGGGACUCUCACCCUUCGGAGUCAACUUUACCAACUUUGUAGAUCCUCAGCCAAGCCUCUUAAGUACGUUGUUCAAUCGCAGUGUGAUUCCCAGCUUAAGUUGGGCGUACACUGCAGGAGCAUACUACCGAGGCCAGGACUCGUUUGGCAGUCUUACGCUCGGGGGAUAUGACACUACUCGGUUCGUGGAUAAUGGGGUGAGUUUUCCUUUUGGGGCGGACCAGUCGAGGGAUUUGCUUGUCUCUUUGACUUCGAUCACAUAUGACUCCUUGGGAAGCUCGCCACUCCUGACUCAAGCCAUCAAUAUAUUUAUCGACUCUAUGGUUUCUCACCUCUGGUUGCCUCUGGAGACCUGUCAUGCUUUCGAGCAAGCUUUCAAUCUUACUUGGGACUCGACCUACGAGCUCUACCUGCUCGACAACGACACCCACAACAGUCUCCUUGCACAGAAUGCAAGCUUCAAAUUCAAUCUCACGAAUGGCAGCUCUCCAAUUAGCACUAGCAACAGCGUGCAGAUAGUUCUUCCAUACGCUGCCUUCGACUUAACCAUUGAACCACCAUACGUGGAGUCUGAACAGAAAUACUUCCCGCUCAAACGGGCUCAGGACCCCAGUCAGUAUACUCUUGGACGUGUCUUCCUCCAAGAAGCUUACGUCGUGGCUGACUAUGACCGACAUAACUUUUCCGUAUCACAAACUGUCUUCCCAGGCAGAGGUGUCUCCCAGGACUUGGUCCCAAUCUAUCCUCCCGAAUCAGAGUCACACAAAAAAGGGAACCGAAAACUUAGUACCGGAGCCAUCGCAGGAAUAGCCAUCGCAGGAGUAGCUCUUCUAGCGACAAUUCUUGGUUUCUUAGCGUGGAGAUUGAUCCGUAGACGUCGUCAACACUCAGAGCCAGUUAUAGUAUCUAGUUCCACAACAACAAACUAUCCAACCAACAAAAAGGACGCCCAUACAGAGGAGAACCCGUCUUGGAUUAAUGACUCAAAGACACGACAUGAAAUCCAAGGCGUCGAUCCUCACGAACUGUUUGCAAGAGGUCCUAGUGUUGGAAUGCCCGAACUCGAAGUACCAAACAAGGUGCACGAGAUUGAUGGUCGCGCUGGUCCUGUCGUUGAGCUUGAGGCCUAG